AUGGUGGCGACGACUCCGCAGCGCCAGGACGGCCGCGCCGGCAACGAGCUGCGGCCCUUUGCGUCCGAGCAGGGCGCGCUCUUCCGAGCCGACGGGUCUGCGCGUAUGUCGCACGGCAGCAGCACGGUGCUGGCGUCCGUGUACGGCCCCGGCCAGGCGCGCAACUGGCGCGCCGAGAAGACGGACAAGGCCACGCUGGACGUGUGCUUCAAGCUGGAGAAGGGUAUCACGACGUCCAAGGAGAGGGAGUACGAGCAGAUCAUCCGCGAGACCUUCACGCCCGUGGUGCUCACGGACAGUUUCCCGCGCGCCGUCAUCAGCAUCGUCGUGCAAGUCAUCGAGGACAAUGGCUCUAUAUCCUUUCCACUGUUUUCUUACUAUGCAUUUGCGAUUAACGCCGUGAGCUUGGCGCUGAUGGAUGCCGGAGUCCCAAUGCUCUCGGUCGUCACCGCCACUUCGAAGCGGUUUCUUGGGUCACCACUGCGCGUUCCAGUACAAGCGAGGGGGUCCUGA